AUGGCCGUGUGCGCGACGCGUUGCCUCGGCGCCAGCGGCGUGGCCGUGCCGCCGCACAUGGUGCGCCUGUCGCCCCGCUCGGGCCUCCGGCGCCGCGGCAAGGGCGCCGGGGGCGUCACGCGGGUUCUGCGGCUGGCGCUGGAGAGGGGGAUCAACUUCUUCGACGUGACGGACAUCCUGGGCGUUAAGGACGCCGUUGAGGUCAUCCGCAGCAGGAGGGAGGAGCUGGUGCUGGCCCUGCGCUUCGGAGCCCGCCGCGAGGACGGCCGCUUGGUGCCUGACUCCACGGCGGCCAGCGUCCGCCAGGCAUGCGAGGCGGGUCUGGAGAAACUGGGCAUGGACGGAGGCCACUUCGACCUCGUGUACCAGGAGCUGCCCGAUCCCGAGACGCCCAUCGAAGCCACUGCGGAGGCGCUGAAGGCUCUUGCGGACUCAGGCAAGGUCAGGGCUGUUGGCCUGGCUGCGGUGGAUGGAGACACCCUCAGCAAGGCGCAUUCCAUACAGCCAAUCUCUGCCGUAUCUUUCCAUUGGUCUGCAUGGAGGCCUGUGGACAGCAAGGGCAGCGUCGUGGCUGUGUGCCGCGAACUCGGGGCCAGCCUCUUGGCAUGCCGGCCUGGUGGUCGCAUCAGUGCUGCUCGGCUCCUGAACAGCGCUGCUGCCGGUGAGAAGGCGAAGAAAGUCCUGGAAGCUUCCCAGUCCAAGGUGCUGAAGAGGCUGGAGGCCAUCAGGGACCGGUCUGCUGCUGUCCUGGCCAUGCGUGUGAAGAGAAUCGCGGGCAUCCAAGCUGACAAGAUGCAAGACCUGGUGAACGCCAUAUUGGACAGGCAGGCUAAGGGGCUGGUCACGAAGGUGAAGCAGCUUCUCCCUGACCAGGAGGGCCCAGCAGCCUUGCAGUUGGCAUCUCUUGCAGCAAAGCAGAAGGAUCUCGCGUCCAAGCGCAUCAACAAGCUCUUGGACAAGCAGCUUGAGGUGUUUGACAAACGGGUGGACAACUUGUCUGGCCUGCCAGGCAGCGAGUUUCUGGAGAAGCUGGCCAAGAUUCAGUCGCACCAACAGCACGUCUUUGUCACAAGGGUGACUCCGAUCCGCAGGAACCAGGCUGACAGAAUGGUGUCCAUGCUGCGUGGCCACCUGGGAAAGGCAUCGCCGGCAGUGAAGAAGGCCGGAAAGGUGCUUGGCAACCAGAGCUGCCGCUUUCUUGCAAGGGUUAUUCAGAAGCAGGACCGACAAAGGCAGAGGAUGGCCACAUGCGCACAGAGGACAAUGGAAGAGCAGCGCAUCAGGGUCGCUGUACAGGUGGAGUCGUUCCUGCAGAAGCAGGUUCGCCAGGUGACCAAGAAAAUCGGGGCGUUCAUUGGCAAAGGGGCUGCCCCUGUGGCGCCCUGCCUCAGGAAGAAGUUGAGCUUGCAGAACGAGAAGCUGACUGUGCGGGUCAAUGCCCUGAUCAACAAGGGGGCUGGAGCACAGCGUAUGAAAGUGGUGCUGACCCAGAUGAUGAAGAAGCAGGCUGCGGGCUUCCUUGCUGAGGUUGAGAUGGUUGUGAAGAGGAGAAACAAGCAGUUGGAGCAGGCUGCCAGAUCUGCAUUGGGAUGGGGGUCCUCCCUGCCAGGCAAGGAUAGUGCCUUGGGGGCAUGCACAGCUGAAACUCUAUCAGAGCAGCCCACUUGCCCAGGCAGUGACCCCACAAAGACAGCGCUGACGAUUGCUGGCAGGAUCAGGGACGUGGCAAAGGCUCGCGGCAUUGAUGUGCCCACGGCUUGCAUGGCAUGGGUCCACUUCCAAGGCGACGACGUAAUCCCUGUUGCCAUCGUUGGAAGGAAGGGCAAGGUGCUGGAUGCGCUGGUGAAGGCGACCAGUGUGGAGCUGACGCCAGAUGAGGCUGCCUGCAUGUGCGAUCCCCAGGCGUCGGAUGCUGAGUGGGAUGACUGUGAUGAAGCACUGCGAAAGAGGGAGGCAAGCACACAGGCCACGACUGAUGGACUGUGCUCAAUGGAUUAG